AUGUCAGAAUACGGUGCAUCAGGUUCAUCAUCUGAUGAUUUAUCCCUUCCCAAAGCUACCGUACAGAAAAUCAUUAGUGAGAUACUUCCGAAAGAUAUCGCUAUAUCAAAAGAAGCUAGAGAAGCUAUAACGGAAUGUAGUAUUGAAUUCAUUAUGAUGUUAUCAUCCCAACUGAAUGAGAUUGCUGAAAAAGAAGCUAAAAAGACCAUUGCAUCAGAUCAUGUUGUUAAAGCAUUAGAAGAACUUGAUUUUCAAAAUUAUCUUGAGAUUAUAAAUAAAGUUUUAAGUGAACAUAAAGAGUUAUUAAAGGGUAAAGAAAAGAAGAAUAAUAAAUUCCAAAGUUCAGGAUUAUCAGAAGAAGAAUUACUUCGACAACAAGAGGAAUUAUUUAAGAAAUCAAGAGAUCGUUUACAUAAUACUGCUGCACCAUCAUCAGCUGAUGAUGUAGUAAAGUCUGAGGUUAAAUCAGAGUAUUCUUAG